AAAUUUUACAAAUUUUUUUUUUUGGGUUAGGGUUUUGCAGAGAGGAAAAAUUAAUGGCGAAAAAGAGAAAAUCUGAGGCGACCCGUCUGGACGAGGUCGAUAGAACGCUCUACUCCACCUUUUGCAGCGCCGCUAACUCUCUGUCUCAGCUCUACACUCAAGCCAUGCAGCACCAGCGACUCUCGUUUCACGCCGGCGAACGUCACGCGCUGGAAAAACUCUAUAAUUGGAUGUUAAGGCAGCAAGAAGAUGGGAAUAGAGUGAACCCCAGUGAUAUAGUUGCUUACCUCCAGCAUGAGCUUGACUAUGGAGCUGAGGAACCCCCAACAUCCCAAAGGCUGCCAUUGCAGCAGCAGCAGUCUCAAACUCCUAUGCAUAUACCGAAUUCUGGAUUUCCUGUUUCUUCUACUUCUUUUGGUCCAGCAACUGCUUCCAACGGGCUUCGUUCAGGGCAUUCUGAUCAGCAACCGAAGAACUCUGUCUUUUCAAACGCACUGUCCAGCCCCAUUCGUAGGAGCCUUCAGCACUAUCACCCGGUACAGGGAGGUUUCCCUCAAAACGCCCCGUCCUCUGCUGGUGGAACCCGACUUAGUGACAACAACUAUCUACAAAGCAGAGACGUCAAUCUUCAGAGCUCCAAUGAUACUUCAAUGGACAUGCAUUCUGAUCCUCCCGACCAUGAAUUUCCGUACUAAGAGUUCCAACCAUAUAUUCCUAUGCUCCGAGAGUAUUGAGGAUUACCUGCAAAGAUUUCACAGCAGUAUACAGUGGUUGCUAAUAGGAUGAAUAAAGAAAGUUGGAGGUUAUGAAAAGUAUACUCAGCCCUUCGCAAUGCUUGCUUGCUUGCAACUACCUAAAAGAACUCUAUACAUGCUGGUUAUGCCCUGUUUUGCCUUAGUAGGGGUUAUAUGUUGUUGCAGGUUGUGGUCUUCCUGUAUUUAUAUUUGUCUUGUCAUUUUGUCUUCAAAGUUUGGCUUCCAAUACUCUGUGUCAAGAUAUUCUUUUUAUUUAUAUUUAUUUAUAAAUCGUCACCCUUCCCCACA